AUGCGGACAGGAAGGCUUCUUUUUCUCGGACGGUUCGUAGUGGCAGCAGCGGCGACGCAGCCAUGGCUGGACGAAUCACUAGACACGGAGCUGCGGCUGCAAAUGUUUCUGGGCCAGCUCAACGAGACGCAGAUCUUCGCCAUGGUGCAGGGUGACACAGUGCUCGACGACAACGGGACGGGUGUCAACGCCUGCAUCGGGCACAUCUCAGGCAACGAGACAUUGGGAAUGCCGGCAAUCUGCAUGGGAGACGGUCCUGCUGGUGUGGGCAACAGCAUGAACAACGUGACGACGUUUCCGGCACCGGUGACAGCAGCGGCAGCACGGAACACGACGCUGCAGUAUGCGUACGGACAGGCGCUGGCGCAGGAGCACCUGGCCAAGGGCCGCAACGUGGUUCUGUCGCCGACGAUCAACAUUGUGCGGUCGCCGUCGUGGGGACGAGCAGCCGAGUCCUUCUCGGAGGACGCCUGGCUGACGGCACGCAUGGCCGUAGCACAGGUGCAGGGCAUCCAGAGCCAGCAUGCGCUCGCCUGUCCGAAGCACCUGGCCGCAUACAAUCAGGAGACAAACCGGUUUGGCCUGGAUCCUGGCUGGACGGCCGUCGAUGCCGUCGUUGACCGUCGUGCUCUUCACGAACUGUAUCUGCCGGCCUUCAAGGCGACCGUGCAGGAGGCGGCUGCGGCGGCCAACGACUGGGGCUUUGCCGGCUUCGUCGUCGCCGAUUGGUAUUUUGCCCAUCGCUCAACUGUUGCUGCGGCCAACAACGGGCUCGACCUCAGCAUGCCGGGCGGCUCGCUCGAGGACUCUUACGGCUUCCCGGCCUACUACGGCGACCUUCUCGUCGAUGCCGUGCGCAAUGGCUCUGUCGCCUGGUCGCGCGUCCGUGAUAUGGCUGCCCGCAUCUGGCGACCCAUGUUUGCCGUCGGCGCUGUCGACCAUCCCGUCACGGGCAACGCCACCGCCGUUGCCCGCACGUCUGCGCACCUUCAGAUUGCCCAGCAGAUCGCCGAGGAGGGCAUGGUGCUGCUCAAGAACCGCGACAGCCUGCUGCCGCUGUCCGCCCGCAAUCACGUGACCGAACUACACGGCGGCUUUGUCAUCGACUCGACCCGCGUCACCGAGCCCCCUUACGACUAUCUGGCACGUCACGGCGCCGCCGAGGGCAUUGACUUCCGCUAUGCCGAGGCCUUUCCGGGAACGGAUGCCUAUGAGACGGCACCGUCCAGCAUGUUCCGCGAGCUCAACGCCACGUACUGGACCACGACGGACUUCUCCGGCCCUGCCAACCAGACGGUGGCCAUCGACAACAUCACCAUCGCAUCGUAUCCGGCCGCCCUCUGGACUGCGUGGCCCGACGUCUUCUCGGAGCAGUACCGCGGCCUGUUCCUGCCCAACACCACCGGCCUCUACCGCUUCUCGCUCUACGGUCAGGGCGACGCCAAUCUGACGCUGGACGGCCAGCCCAUCGUCGCCAUGACGAAGCAGAACUUUGGCAACCCUGUUCUGGGCAGUGUGCGUCUGACGGCCGGCCGGCCUGUUGAUCUACGCCUCGACUUCUCCAUGGGCUACUCGCUAUCGACCGGAAAUUACGGCGUGACACUGGGCGUCGACAUGGCCAAUGCCACACACCUGACUCUGCCGGCUGGCCAGGACGAUCUCGUGGCCCAGGUCGCGCGUGCCUCCGCCAAGACUCUCGUGCUGCUGGGCUCCAACUCGGCCGUCCACAUGCCCUGGCUGCAUGCCGUCGAUGGCCUGCUCGAGACCUGGUAUCCGGGGCAGCAGGUCGGCGCCGCUCUCGAACGCCUGCUGUACGGUGAUGUCAGCCCCAGCGGCAAGCUACCCGUGACUUUUCCCGGCAUUGAUGACGAUGUUAGCAUCAAGAACAGAAACGCUGUCUCUCUCCCCCAAAUCCAAGCCGACCUGACCGCCAACUUCAGCGAGAGCCUCCUGGUCGGCUACAAGUGGUUCGACCAGCACCGCGUCGAGCCGCUGUUCCCCUUCGGCUUCGGCCUCACCUACUCCCAAUUUGCGCUCCACGACUUCUCCGUCAGCGAAGCCGCCACUACCAACACCACCUUCCACUGCCACGCCACCCUCGCCAACAUCGGUAACGCAACCGCCAAGCAGGUCGUCCAGCUCUAUGUUGCCUAUCCGCCGCACGCCCGCGAGCCACCUAAGCUGCUCAGGGGCUUUGCCAAGGUCGAGCUAGCCGCCGGCACCGCCAAGGCCGUCGCCAUAGAUGUCGCGAAAAGCGACUUGCAGAUCUGGGACGACGUUGCCGAGGACUGGGCGCUGGUGCCGGGCGUGUACGAGUUUCUAGUCGGCUUCUCGUCGCGAGACAUUGUGGCCCGCCAGACCGUCUAUAUUGGGUAA